AACACUGACACCAGCACCUACAUUAACCAAAAUGUGCCAGGUAUCGAUGCACAAACUCCCUGUCACAGCUACAGCCUGAGCAGCUCAUGGAGCAAUCCACCCUGCCCCAGGAAACAGCGGAACAGGAGCCACUGCCCACAUGGCAGCCAGCCCUGAGCCACAGCUGUCACAGCAGCAGGCAGCAAUAAACCUACACAAACAGCUCUGUUCACAGAGAAAUGCACCAAUUCCAGCCUUGUACCAAACAAACACAUCACCAAGCCACAGCUUUCCAUGCAGCAGCAGCUCCUUCCAGGAGCAGCAGUGGCUGUAAGCAGCACAGUGCAUCCCCUGGAUACACGGGAAUCCCUUCUGGAGCUGCAAAGCCAAGCUCAGGUGUGUGCCAGUAACACCAGGCACACCUUGGUGCACAUGGCUUUGGAGCUGGGCCCCACUGCAAGGUGGCUCUGAGAAGACCCUUGUAACACACUGGCAGUGACAGUGACAGCCAGAACAUGAAUUCACACACAAACAACAACUAGGAGCUACAGUCGAGGGUUAUCCUGGAACACUGUCAGGAAACUCCUACCAGUCCAGGUGUAGCAGCUCUGCCCCACACACACAGACCCAGAAAUGUGUCUUGAGAGACAGGGUCAGGUUUCCUUUUCUAGUUUAUGAGAAGAUGAUGUGCUCUGUCAUUCAGAGGAAAGGGAAGAGACAAAAGCAAUAGCAAACAUGACUAACUCAGGCCACAAGUCAAAAUGAGGAAGGAAACCACACACCAACAGAAAAAGGUCUCAUCUUUCUACACAUUUCCCCACUCUUAGCACUCUACUGGAGGCUUCUGCUGGCAGAGGAACAGAGGAUGGGGACAGCCACAGAGGCCUCUGCAACAGCUGCAGGUUUGCCCAGUCUGUUUCCAGCGAUGGGAGACUCUGCAAACACGAGCAGUGUUGGUAACACCAGUGGAGCACCCUCCUCUGCACAGUGUCCCCGUGACACCACCAUCACCCACCUGCUCUUCCCCGCGCUGUACACGCUCAUCUUCCUCCUGGGGCUUGUGCUCAACAGCCUGGCUUGCUGGGCUUUCUUCCACAUUCCAAGCACAUCAACUUUCAUUGUCUACUUGAAAAAUAUCUUAGUUUCCGAUUUUAUAAUGACCCUAAUGCUUCCUCUGAAGAUCCUGACAGACUCUGGCCUGGGACUGUGGCAACUCAAAGCCUUUGUCUGUCGCUUCUCAGCCGUAAUAUUCUAUGACACCAUGUACAUCAGCAUAGUGCUGCUGGGGCUCAUUGCUUUCGACAGAUUUCUCAAGAUUGUGAGACCUUUUGGGAAGUUCUGGGUGCAAAAUCUGACCUCAGCAAAGAUUCUGGCCAGUCUGGUCUGGCUCUUCUUCCUUGUUCUCUCUCUGCCCAACAUGAUCCUGUCCAACAAGACAGCGACGCCUCAGUCCGUGAGGAAGUGUGCCUCCUUGAAGAGUUACCUCGGACUCAAAUGGCACGAAGCCGUCAACUACAUCUGUCAGUUCAUCUUCUGGACUGUCCUCAUCCUCAUGUUGCUAUUUUAUAUAAUUAUUGCCAAAAAGGUAUAUGAGUCUUACAUAAAAACACAGAAGAAAGGCAACAGAAGCGAAAAACGGAUCAAGGGGAAAGUAUUCAUCAUUUUUACCGUGUUCUUCUUAUGCUUUGCCCCCUUCCACCUCAGCAGGGUCCCCUACACUCGGAGCCAAACGAGUGCCCACGUGGACUGCCGCCUGCAGAACCAGCUCUUCGUGGCCAAGGAGAGCACGCUGUGGCUGGCAGCCACCAACAUCUGCAUGGACCCCCUGAUCUACAUGUUGCUGUGCAAGCCCUUUGUGGAGAAGGUGUUGUACAGGAGGGUAAAAGCUCUCCAGAGAACCACCCAGACAAACCCAAACACUGAACUGGACACACGAGUGUCUCCUACUGAGUCUUGAUUCUUCAACUGCACACUCUACUUUGCAUGUUCAUAGAGAACUUGAAGAAUAGUUUGGUUUACUUCUGCUGAAUAACACAAAAGGGUGUUUGCCGAGUCAUAAUAACACUCAA